GUUUAUAGUUUUUUCUUUAUAAUGGAUGAACAAUUCUUGCAAUUUUUAGUAAAAGAUGGUAUAUCCACAAAUAUUGGUCCCAAUACAAAAGAAAUUCUUUUGCAACAGGCUGAAAGUGAAUAUUACAAUGGAAACAUAUCUUCAUCAAUAUUUUAUCAAACCUACUCCCUGUACCAAUCAUCGCAAGAACGUUACAACCAGACCUCGGGAAAUCCUAAAACGGCAUCCGUGGAAACUUUAAUGGCUGAAAUGAAUGCUAAAGAAAUUUCUGAAUUUAAAGAUAAUUUACUUAUGCAAUAUGUUUGUAAAUCCCUUAAUAAAAUGUCCAAAAAAACCGAAACAAGACAUGAAGAAGAGGAAGCUUCUAAUAGUCUGGAAAGUUGCAAUUUUCUUAAAGAUAUUUCAAGUCCCUUGGAUGGCAUAACUAAAUUAGUAGAAAUUUGUCAGCAAUUUCCUCAAGAAUGGACUAUUAUGCAAUUGUGUAAAGGUCCCAGAACCGAAACCACCUACUCGAUAUUUCCUAAAAUUCAUGAAAGUGAUGCUGCCAUAUAUAUGACCUUAAUGAAACAUGCGCGUAGUCUGGAAUAUGGUUCCCCAAUAUGCUUGCGUUUUUCUAAUGAUGACCAAAAGAAACUCUAUGAAAGUUUCGGCUGCAUUGUCAAUCGUUUCAAACAAUGUGUAAAAAUUGAUCCGAAAGAAGUUAAUACCUCAGAGGCUAAACGAUUUUAUUGGUCCUUAUUGGGAGAACUUAAUGAUUUUAUAGCAACAGCUUGUGAGGAUCUGUGCAAUUUUUUCUAUCCCUGGACAUUUUUAUUUACUGGUCUGCCCUUUUCAAGAGACGCCCAAAUUACAGCACGUCUACGUUGGUCUUUAGUUGAUGAAUUUUGUGAUUUGUACAAGUGGGAGAACGAUGCUAGGGUGUUACUAUCUCUGGCUGCUGCUAAUGCAGACUCUUUAGAUGCAUUGCAAAUAGAGAGCAUUUGUUCUAUACUCACUACGAAUACCAAAGAGCAAGCUGUUGCCAGCGAUAUGCUUAAAAAAAUGCAAUCAAAAAAUGAUAGUGACAAUAAGAAUGGAAUGAAAAAUUAUCCAUGUAUCUUAAUUGUUGAUGAGCGUCUGGAUCAUUUCUUCUGGGAGGAAAUCAAUGUACAACAGGAAUUCACACGUCUAAAUUCAAUACAAUGCCUAUUUCGUUUAUAUCAUUACUAUAAAUCGGACAUACGACGCGGAUAUUUGUGUGUCGAUAUAACAGAUGGUGGUUGUCUACUUAAUCCAGAUAAAAAUUUACCCAAAAUGGAGUCACGUAUGGUUAGUUUCUUUGAAUAUUGGACACCGCAUUGGACAAUGUUAGUGGGACAACGACCGACCCAAGAUGAACUCUUCAAUAAGUAUUUAAGUCGUAGUUGUUAUGUCUAUGCUGGUCAUGGUUCUGGUUUACAAUAUAUAAAUGGACGUAAAAUUACCAAACAUCAAAUGCAUUGUGUGGUUUUUUUAUUUGGUUGUGAUUCUUCACGUCUACAUUCAAGUGGCCUGUAUAGCGAAUUAGUAGGUCCUCAUUUGUACUAUCAGGCAGCAAUGUGUCCUGCGUUAGUUGGCACUUUAAUGCCUGGCCUAGAUUGUAACAUGGAUAAGAUAGCCACGGAAAUACUUAGUCGUUGGAUAGCACCCAAAUCUACAAAUGUUUUGCCCUGGAAUGAAAUUGAUGAAAAGGCCUGGAUAAAAACAUUUAUCAUUCAACCCAAAACAUCGUCGAGUGCAGGUGAAAAGAAAACUCCACCAUCUGUGGCCACCACACCCAAUUACAAUGUGGGUAGUUUGUGUGCCAUAUUAGCCAGAGUUCAUCAGCGUUUUUGUGAACCAAAACUGUAUAAUACCGUGCCCUACGUUUGUCGUGGUCUCCCAGUCUGGAAUUGUAAUGUAGAACCACUACCUUCUAACUCUACUUGAAAUAAAAGCCAAAUAAUAAUAAUUGUAUUAAAUGUGUGCAGUUUUUUUAAUAUGUAAGUCAUUAAAAUUUUUCUAUAUAUUUUAAAUUUAGAAGAAUUAUGAAUGAAUACGUUUAGAAUUAGAGAGAUACUUUUUAUUUUAAUAAAUUAAUUAAACCAUA